GCCCAGGGAGCGCAGCCCUGCUUUACGGCAGAGGACGUCAGGGAAGGGAGCGCGCGCGCGCCACGUGAGGCAGCGGCGGAGCCAUGAGGCGGCCUAAGCUGAGGAAAGCCAGCAAGAGGCUGACCUGCCAUAAGCGCUACAAGAUCCAGAAGAAGAUCAGAGAACACCACCGAAAAGUCAGGAAGGAGGCCAAAAAACGUGGACACAAAAAGCCCAAGAAGGAUCCUGGUAUUCCCAGUGCUGCACCGUUUAAGGAAGAGCUUCUACGGGAAGCAGAGCAAAGAAAGCAGAGGCUUGAAGAACUAAAACAAAAGCAGAAGCUCAACAGACAGAAGGAACAUGAAAAGAAGAGGAAACUUGAAGCUAAAAAGAAUGCAGCCAAAGUCACGGAAAAAGAUGGAAAGGAAUCCUCUGGCAAAUCUAAAGCAAUGGCUAAGAAACUGCCGGAUAAAAAUUCAAAGAAAUCAUUCUGCAGGGAGCUCAACAAGGUGAUUGAGGCCUCAGACGUGGUUCUAGAGGUUUUAGAUGCAAGAGAUCCAAUGGGCUGCCGGUGUCCUCAGCUGGAGCAAGCUGUAACGUGCUCUGGAGACAAAAAGCUACUGUUGGUUCUGAACAAAAUUGAUUUAGUGCCAAAGGAGAAUUUAGAGAAAUGGCUGAAUUAUUUGAACAAGGAGUUUCCAACAGUUGCUUUUAAAUCAGCAACGCUGAUGAAGGACAAGACUAUGCCAGAUCAGUUCACAAAAAGACGUGCACGUGUUGAUUUAUCGAGAACCACUGAAUGUUUUGGAAGCAAAUGCCUUUUGAGAGUCCUUCAAGAAUAUGUCAAGACUCAAAACAAAGCCAUUCAGGUUGGAGUAGUAGGUUUCCCUAAUGUGGGAAAGAGCAGCAUAAUCAACAGCCUUAAAGGAGUUCGUGCUUGCAACGUUGGCCUAGCAAGAGGCGUUACCAAGUCCGUGCAAAUUGUGCACGUUGAUAAACAGACAAAGAUGCUGGACAGUCCAAGUAUAAUUGCAGAUCCUACCAACAGCAGCUUGGCUCUGGCCUUGAGAAGCAUUAUAGAUACUGAAAAAUCGGACUCGGCAGAGGUGCUUGAAGGAGCAGAUGCUAUUCUAAAUCACUGCAAUAAACAGCAGGUAAUGAUACGCUACACUAUGCCAGAUUUCAGGAACACGGAAGAGUUUUUAACUUUGCUUGCUCAGAAAAGGGGUGUGCUGAAAAAGGGGGGUGUUCCAGAUGUAGAGAAUAUAGCGAAAUUACUGCUGUGUGACUGGACAGGAGCUAAAGUAAGCUACCACACACAACCCCCAGAAUCUCCGAGACCUCCCCCAUACCUUACAGAAGACAAAAUAGCUGAAAUGCGGGACUGCUUUAAUUUAAAGAAACUAGAAGAAGAAAACACCACCACUGUUCAAGCUGUAAAAUCCCCCAGUCCGUCAAGCAGCAUCAUUUUCCAGUCAGAUGGAAUGACAAAUGGGACAAUAGAGGAACAUAAAGUGAUAGAGGAGGCAUCGGAGUGGGAAAACUUAGAAACAAGCAAGGAGGAAGAGGAAGAGGAGGAUUUCACAGAAAGUGAUGAUCAAGAUGAAGAUGAAGAAGAGGAGGAUGUUGAAGAGGAAAGCAACGUUCCGGUCACCAGGAAAGCAAAGCCUGGAAAACGACAAACGAGUCCUACAAAUUCAGAAAAGCAGAGAGCCGAAAGCGAACAUUCCAAUUCACUGUCAAUCAGCUUGGAUAAGACAGCAGAUGAAGAUGAUGCUUACGAUUUUAAUACAGACUAUGUGGAAUGAAUUAUGGGUAGAGACAUGGUUUGGAGACUCAUUACUUACUGCCUCUCUGAACAGUCAGGAAGACGUGUGCUGCGGUGGAAAUUGGAGGAACGCUGCAUACCAGGGCUACUGCAAAGUCACAGUUAUUACUGUGUCAAAUAAUGUACAUAAUAUUGUAUCGCCCUUGAUCACCCCAGAUUCUAUACAAGUCUAGGAAACUUGACUGCAUUCAGCUUUUAAAUCCUAAACUUCAUUUCCUGUAUUAAAAAGGCCUAUUUAAAAAAAUUCCUAGUGGACUGAGUUA